GGAAUGAUCCACAUCGAGAUUGUGAUAUAAUUUUAUCAUUCUUCAAGUAUUUGAUAACACGAUGGGGUAUGGAACUGAAUCGAAGGGAUGACGAAGAAAAGAAAAGUCCAGCAGGUAAACUACAGGCAAGUAUUCACAAGCAGACAGUGAUGAAUUUGAGGCCUUUAUUGAAUUCGUUGGAAAACCAUUCAUGCAAUAAUGAUAUUCGCCACCACUUGACCAAUAUUUGCAGGUUACUGAUUAUUGACAGAAACUACAUCCUAGCAAACAAUGCAUAUAUGACUAUGGCAAUUGGAAAUGCACCGUGGCCCGUGGGAGUUACACGAUCAGGUAUCCAUCAGCGUCCAGGUUCAGCGAAAGCUUAUGUAUCAAACAUUGCUCAUGUGCUAAACGACGAAACGCAGAGGAAGUACAUUCAAUCGUUUAAGAGGUUAAUGACCAGGAUGCAAGAAUAUUUCCCCACUGAUCCCUCAAAAUGUGUUGAAUUUGUUCGACCGUCAU